AUGCUCAAAGAAUACGUUACUAAAGCAUUGUAUUCAAUAAUAAAGAGAACAAAUGAUAGAAGUCAGGCAUCGUUGUGGGCGCUUAUGAAAGAAAUACGAAAUAGGGAAACAAUAUCCAGUCUGAAUGAGCUCCAAACCAUUAAAUUUAUGGGACCCAAAACAUUCAUGAAAAUAAAAGCAGAAUUAGAGAAGCAAACUGAGAUAAGUGGAUUGCUAACAGAACCAGGAACUCAACAGAGCAAGGUUAUUUUAGAAGUUGAAGAAAUUAAGCAGGAUAUGGAAAAAAUGAGCAGUAACCUGAGUGAAAUGGAGCUGAAAUACCUGAGUAGUAAGAAUGAUACAAGUGGAUACACCGGUGAGAUAAGUAGUAUUGUAAAGAGAUAUCGGAAUAGUAUUCAGGCAAAUAAGGAAUAUAUGGAAUUGCUUGAAGAAAAUGAAACCACUAAAAAUAACAUCACAGAAUUAAAACAAGAAAAGUUGUCUUCUACAGAAUCAGCUGAUGAUUUGACUGCUUUCAAUGAUAUUGAUCUAUCAAAUAUAGAUUUAGAUGCAGUGAUCAACGAUAAAAGAGAAAUCAAGGAACCUAAUCAGAAAAUAGUGGUAGAAAAACAAUCAAUAUUGAUGAAUAGAACCAGUGAUGAUACAAGUGAUAUAAUAAUCAUCAGUACAACAGAAGAUGCUGGAGAAGUAGUUGAUUUGAGCAAAACAGUCAAAAUAGCUGAAGAGCCAAAUAAAAUCAAUAUUAAAUCAACGGCAACCAUUAUCACCAAUAGUUGUGAUAAAAAGAAGGAAACUAUAAGAAAAUACAAGCCAAGAUACAAAUCGUAUUCAUAUGCAAUAAUCAAGGCACUUUAUUUGAGUCGCAAUGGAUUACACAAAAAUGUGCUAUUCUUACACGCUAAGGAGCAUAUGCCAUCAGAUCGGACCAAAAACACCAAUUCAUACAACAUAACUGAAUUAAAGAAAAAAGGAAUAAUUUAUGAAGAGAAUAAGAAGUAUUACCUGACUGAAUCAGGGUGUACUUUAGCAGAAAGUAUGCAAUUUAAUAAGGAUGAAGCAAUAACAAACAAUACCAGUAGAAUUGAUCAAAUUAGGUUGACUAUAGAUAGGAGAGAAAGAAGAAGUCAAAGGGAGUUUGUCUAUUUUCAGAAGGAGUUGCACGACCUAGGCGUUGAAACACGCACUCUUGAACUGGGUGAUUUCAUUUGGAUGCGUGGCCUAACUGUUUUGCCAUACAUAAUUGAACGCAAACAGACCAGUGACUUUCUACAAAGUGUCUUUACAGGCAGAUUCAAGGAACAGUGCCACAGAUUACGAAAUCUCGACAAUUUCAAGGUGUUUUAUAUCAUAGAAGAAGAUAAGAAGGUGGAAGGAAGGAGUUUGAACCAAGAGAUCACCAAUUUGACAAUUAACAACAACUUUACAGUCGUACGAACCAGGAAUAUCAGUGAAACAGUAUCAUUUAUCAGGCAAUUUGAUCAAUAUAUCAAAGAUGAAUUUGAAUCAAUUGAUGAAUGUGGUAUUGGAUUUGGCUCAUUUACAGAGAAAACAAGCAAAAAUGCUCCAAUGAAUCCAUCAGAAGUGCUCUAUAACACCCUAAUCAGAAUCAAGGGUGUUACACCGGUUAAAGCAGAAGCCAUUUCCCUCAAAUACGAAACUACUGAAAAUCUACUGAAAAAUAUCACUACCCAAAACACCACAAAUUUAAGUCAGGUCACAUUCAAAAACAAGGAGAAUGAAACAGUAGUCAUUGGCAUCAAAUUAGCCCAGAAAAUAGUGAAUCUGAUUUUGUAG